AGUCUGGACAAAGUGCAAAAUACUGUCACCUGGACAGGAAAAAAAAGCUGCAGAGAAACGGAGGAUACCGGCUGUUCUUCACAGGACAGAUGUUACAUUAUCUGAUGUUUUCAACUAUGCUUCCUCACAUACUUUAAAGGAUUAAAGAUGGCGACACUGGACUUAUACAGCAAGGGAGCGUGUGUGUGGGUUCCUGACCCAGAUGCAGUGUGGCUUUCGGCCCAGCUCCUCAACGACUACAAGCCAGGGGAGAAGCAACUGCUGCUACAGCUCUCUAAUGGAGAUAAAGUCCAGUACCCGGUUGGCUCUCCCUCAGAUCUCCCACCCCUGGGAAACCCCGACAUCCUCGAGGGUGAGAAUGACCUCACGGCCCUCAGCUUUCUUCACGAACCCGCCGUGCUGCACAACCUGCGGGUUCGAUUCCUGGACUACAACAGCAUUUACACGUACUGCGGUAUUGUGUUGGUGGCCAUCAAUCCUUAUGACCAGCUCCCCAUUUAUGGGGAGGAGGUGAUAGACGCUUACAGCGGUCAGGACAUGACCGACAUGGAACCUCACAUCUUCUCUGUGGCUGAGGAAGCCUACCGCACCAUGACCAGGGAGGAGAAGAACCAGUCUAUCAUCAUCAGUGGGGAGUCUGGCUCGGGGAAAACCGUCUCAGCCAAGUUCACCAUGCGAUACUUCGCCGUGGUCGGAGGAGCGGCGCAGCAGACCAGCGUGGAGGAGAGGGUUCUGGCUUCUAACCCUAUCAUGGAGUCCAUCGGUAAUGCUAAAACCACUCGAAACGACAACAGUAGCCGCUUCGGGAAGUACAUCGAGAUUGGCUUUGGCAGAAAGGGUGACAUCAUCAGGGCAAACAUGAGGACGUACCUGCUGGAGAAGUCAAGGGUCGUCUUCCAGGCGCCAUCGGAGAGAAACUACCACAUCUUCUAUCAGCUGUGUGCCUCCAGAGAGCUGCCCGAGAUGAGGCCCCUCAAACUGGGUGCACCUGAGCAUUUCCGCUACACUAACCAGGGAGGAGAGAUGCAGAUACCCGGCACUGAUGAUUUAUCAGACCUGGAGCGCACACGCAACGCUUUCACCAUCCUGGGUGUGCAGCCUGACCAGCAGAUGGAGCUCUUCAGGAUCCUGUCGGCUGUUCUACACCUGGGGAACAUCAACAUCCAAGCCAGUGGGAGAAGUUCUGACCGGAGUUUUAUUGAGGCAGAGGACCGCUCCCUGGCUGUCUUCGCCAUGCUGUUAGGGGUUGAGGGAUCUCAGAUGGCUCACUGGCUGUGCCAUCGUAGGCUGACCGUAGGAGGAGAGAUGCUCAUUAAGCCCAUGACUGCUCAGCAGACGUUAGAAGCCAGAGAUGCUCUGGCUAAACACAUCUACGGUCAGCUGUUCACGUGGACUGUCCAGAGGCUCAACUCAGCCCUGCGCACACAGUCGAGACACACCAAGUCCUUCAUCGGGGUGUUAGAUAUCUAUGGGUUUGAGACCUUUGAACGGAACAGUUUUGAGCAGUUCUGCAUAAACUACGCAAAUGAGAAACUACAGCAGCAGUUCAACAGGCAUGUGUUCCACUUGGAGCAGGAGGAGUACGUUCGGGAGGAGCUGGCCUGGAACAGGAUUGAGUUCAGUGACAACCAGCAGUGCAUCAACCUCAUAGAGGGACAACUGGGCAUGUUGGACCUGUUAGAUGAGGAGUGCCGGAUGCCUAAAGGUUCAGAUGAAAGCUGGGUGCGGAAGCUAUACGACCAGCACCUGACCUCCAAACCCCACCCUCACUUCAGGAAACCUCGCAUAUCCAACAGCGCCUUCAUCAUUCUGCACUUUGCCGACACAGUUCAGUAUGAGUGCGAUGGAUUUUUAGACAAGAAUCGAGACACGGUCUUUGAGGAGCUCAUUAACAUUCUCAAAGCAAGUCAGUCUGAGCUGGUGGCUGAGUUGUUCCAGCAGCAGGCAAAUGCAUCUUCUGUAGCCAAUGGAAGCGUUCGCUCCGGGAAAAGAGCCACCAGAGAGCACAGGCUGACUGUAGGCUUCCAGUUCCGUCAGUCCUUGCAGAUGUUGAUGGACACACUCAACAGCACCACCCCCCACUACGUCCGCUGUAUUAAACCCAACGAUCUCAAAGAGGCUUUUAUGUUUGACCCAAAGAGGACAGUCCAGCAGUUGAGAGCCUGUGGCGUGUUGGAGACUAUACGAAUCAGCGCCGCAGGCUAUCCAUCCAGGUGGACGUAUGAGGAGUUCUUCAGCAGGUAUCACGUUCUGCUGCGAGGGCCUCAGAGCCUGGAGCAGGCCCAGGCCUCCUGCAGACAGGCCCUGCCUCAGCUCAUCACGGACCCGGACCAGUACUGCUUCGGAAAGACCAAAGUUUUUUUCCGUGCCGGCCAGGUGGCUCUUCUGGAGAGGCUGAGGGCCGAGAGGCUGCGUGGGGCCGCUGUGACCAUCCAGAGUCGGGUCAGGGGAUGGCUGGCACGGAUCAGGUACAGGAGGAUCCUCUGGGCAGCCGUCACCAUACAGAGAUACAGCAGAGGAGCUCUGGCCAGACGACUGGCUAUGACUCUGCGCUUCACUAAGGUGGCCUUAGUGAUCCAGAAGACCUACCGUAUGGUGGUAGUCAGGCGGUUGUUCCUCAUGAUCCGACAGGCCACCAUCACCAUCCAAGCCUUCACCAGGGGCACACAGGCCCGUCACAGAUACAGACUGUUGGUGGCAGAGAGGGCCGCUGUGUUGAUCCAGGCGAGAGUGCGCGGGUGGUUGGCGAGGAAGGCGUACGGGCGAGUGCGCGCGGCCGUUGUGUUCAUGCAGUGCUGCGCGCGCCGCAGGGCUGCCAGGAGAGAGCUGCUGAAGCUGAAGACCGAGGCCCGCUCGGUGGAGAAGUACCGAGAGCUCAACAAGGGCAUGGAAGUCAAACUGAUGCAGCUGCAGUUGAGGGCAGACCAGGAGGCAAGGGAGAGCUCCGCUCUGAGAGAGACUCUGAAAGCGGAGCGCGAAGCCUCGAGUGCCGAGGUGGAGGCUCUGAAGGCGAUGAUACAGAAACUAGAGAGCCAGAAGCAGGAACAACAGCCUCUCCCAGUUAUCAGUGAGAAGGAGGUGGAGGAGAGGAGGAAAGCUGAGGAGAGAGCUGCCCAGGAGAUCCUCAAGCUCACGCAAGAGCUACAAGCACUGCAGAAGGAGAAGGAGAGUUUUGUCAAAGAGAGAGAAGAGCUCUCUGCUUCCUUGCUUGAACGAGAAAAAACACAAGAAGAGAGUGUGAAUCAGGCCGUGUCUCAGGCGAGUGCAGCUCUUCGGGCUGAGCUGGAUGAGGAGAGGAGAAAGUAUCAGGGCCUGCUGAGAGAGUACGCCCGACUGGAGCAGAGAUACGACAACCUCAAGGAGAUGACUCUGCUCACGGAGCGAAUGAAGGGCCACAGGAGGGCCGACUCCGCCCAGAGCCUGAGCUUUGAGCCUGCCUCUCCUUCCUCUGCUCCGCUGUCGCCCCUGUCCCUCACCCCGCUCUCCCUGUCACCCUUCCCAUCUGCCUACCCUUCGCCGGAGGUGAGCCGCAGGGUCAGCGUGACAUCUCCCUGUCUGGAGAGGAAACUAUCAGCGUGGGGCUCUGAAACUCCACUGGACCAACUGAUGGAGAAGAUGGACGUGGCCAAAGAUCCGGCCGUGAAGCUGAAAGGAGAAGACCUGGCACAUGCCUACGAUGCAGUACGAGUCGCAAACAAGUUUCUGGAGAGCCAGCUACGUGGCCAGCGCAGCCAGUGGGAACAGGAACUGGAGGCUCUGAGGCGUCAGCUCAGUCAAGCAGUCUCUGGUUCUUCCUCUGAUGCACAGAGACAGGACCUACAGGAGCUGCUGGAGGCCAGAGAGCAUGAGUGUCUGAGGCUGAGGAGGGAAGUGAAGGAGCUUAGGAGCACGGUCACACUCAGGCGGCUCCUGUCGCAAGCUUUCCCACCAGCUUUGAACACAGAGGGCUUCUCUUUGUCGCAGCCGAAGCCAGCGGCAGUCACUGGUUUACUGGAAUGUAGGAAGAGGGACGAAACCAAACUCAUUAAGAACCUCAUCACAGACGUCCGCGUUGACAGCGCCCUGUCUCUGCCUCCUGGCCUGGCUGCCAACGUGCUCUUCCUGUGCGUUCGCCAGGCCGACUGCAGCGGAGAUCAGGCCCGCGCUCGCUCGCUCUGCAGCGCCGGUGUCACGGCCAUGAAGGCAGCUCUGAAGAAAUAUAUCAGUGAUAUAGAUAUGACGGCUCUGUGGCUGAAAAACAUCUGUCUGUUGCAUGACCUGUUGAUGCAGCACUCACAAAAACAGGCCCUAGACUCAGAUGAACUGGUUCCACUGUCUGCUGACCUGAGCGACCUGAUCCGCUCCCUCAGUGACCUCUGUAUCCAGGCCUAUCAGCAGCUCCUCAGCAUCACUGAGACACGUCUGCAAAACAUUAUAGUCCCCGCCCUGCUGGAGAGUGAGACCAUCCCGGGUCUGUCCAGCUCUGUGAUGAAGCUGUCCAGGAAGAGAGCGGGCUCAGACCCCAGGGUCGUGGGAAGCGACGCCCCCACCAUGGCGUCCGUGCUGAGGGAGCUCGGAGGCCUCCAUGCCGCCAUGACGCAUCAAGCUCUGCCCCGGACUCUGAUGGAGCAGGCCUUCCACCAGCUCACCUACCUCACCUGUGCCUCUGCUUUCAACAGCCUGAUGCUGAGGAAAGACAUGUGCAGCUGGAGUCGUGGCAUGCAAAUACGAUACAAUUUGAGCCUCCUGGAGGAGUGGCUGCGGAGCCGAGGCCUACAUGCAGGGGGCGCCGUCGCCACACUGGAGCCCCUCAUCCAGGCGGUUCAGCUGCUGCAGGUGGGGAAAAAAACUGAGGCCGACGCACAAGCCAUUGUCCAGACCUGCACUUCCCUCUCCAGCCAGCAGAUUGUGAAGAUUCUGACCCUCUACACUCCCCACAGUGAUCUUGAUGAAAGAGUCACAGUGAAGUUCAUCCGUACUGUCCAGGGUUUCCUGAAAGGCCGCUCUGAAAGCCAGCCUCCACACCUCCUGAUGGAAGUGAGGAGAGUGUUCCCUGUCACAUUCCCCUACUUGCCUCCACCCGUCUUCAACGCUGAGCAGUUAGUCAUCCCAGACACCCUCAAGAUCUCCUUUCUACGCAGAGCCUAAAGAGACAGCAUGCACAUUCACCAGGAGUCCAGCGAAUUCAGCUAAAUCUAGUCCUUUAAGAUUUCUAUGACUUCCAGUGUCACGAACGUCAUUAGUGGGUGAUCCGUAUACUGUAAAAUGCAGCGGUGGAAAAUGACUGCGUUUACAUUUACUCAUGCAAAUUACUUUUUGAGGUCGGGGAGACGUGGCCAAUUUAAAUACAUUGAAUUCCUCAAAGCACACGCAUGCUCACUGGGAUUGUCUCUCAGCUCGUGGAAAAUCACCUCAUCCUGGAGGAGGUUUUUAACUCUAGAAGUUACUUCUAUAUUUUCCCUGCUGCUUUCUGAAGUUUAGGAGACUAUGAGUAGAACAAUAUUUCCCUCCAUAGUCUCUACUCCAUUGCUUGAUUAGCAUUUUUACUUAAGCAAAGGAUCUGAGUGGCUAACUGGGGCGAACGCUGACGUAGCACAAUAUAUAUGUUUUCUAUUCUGAAGUAGGUAAUGGAAUUAAACUGCGACUCUCUCUCUCUCUCUGUGCAGUUUAACAAACAGUGAACGACAUGAAGCUUGUUUUUCUUUUUCAUAGUUUAUUGGAAGCAGAAACACAAUAAGACUGCAGUCCUGAGAACCUCAGCCCCCAAUAAGAACAACCAUAAUAAUAAUUAUAAUAAUAAAAAAAAAAAAUUAGAAACAUCUCGUGUAUAAAAAAAUUCUCAUGCGAGUACUUUGUACCACUACACAUCAUCAGUAAUACAUAUUUAUAUAUUCACAACCAUUUGAAAAAUAGAAAACAAUAAUGAAAUAUCAAAAUAAAGGAGACGACAAUUGGCAGUUAACAUCAAAUAAUUAUGCGUGCUGGCACAAUACAGUUUUUUCUUUUUGUUUUAUUGUUCCUAUCAUGCACCAUUUCUGGAAGUACAGGCCCGGCAUCGUCUGGGUGGCCUGGUUGGCGAGACAGAACAGGACAGAUCAUGCAUGUCUGUCCGCCUCCCGUCUGUGUGCUUAUCGUUGUGCUUCGUCUACCUUCGUCCUUAACCUCUGUGUGCGUUCCUGUCUCACGUGCCAACCUGAUAGCCCAACACACAAACUGAGCCUGUGAAGGAGGAAGUGUUUCCUUGACUAAAGUUAUCAUUGUCAACAGCAAUAAAUAAAGUUUUCGUGGCAGUUCCAGUGA